UUCUACUGGUUUUUAAAAUAUAUUUAUUUGAACAACAUGAAGAGAAUGCUUCCCACUCUGGUGUUUCAUCUUAUGGUUCCCUCUCUUUACCAGGUGUGCUCAUCCUCCCGAUUCUCCUUUUUCUCUGCGCGCAUUCUUCCUCUACUUCACAAUACGCGUAUCCGGCACAUCGGGACAUAACUUGUUACUGUCUAUUAGAGAAUCUAUAAAAGCAAGUGUCUGCGGGUCGAACUGACCAUUUAUAACGUUCGGUCCUGUGGUCCCGGGAAAAUUUUUUUUAAAUUUCAAAUCGUUAUGAUACCCUGAUUUUUUUUUUUUUUUAAUUGAUGAAAUAAAAAAAAAAUUUAGUGUGUGAUUUUUUUUCUAAUUAAUAUGGAUAAUUAUAAGAUUACAAUAUUAUUGUUCGUUAUACUGGCGGUACACAACUGCCGGGCAGUAUUAACCAACAAUACCGGUAAAAAGAAUGCGGAAAUAGAACCGGGAAAGAUAAAAACAAACUUCAAGACAAUAAAAAUUGCUCAAGAUAGAAUAAGUAGUUUUCCUCAUAAUAAAUUUAGUUUACCUAAAUUUAAUUAUGAUAUCAAUUAUAAUUUAGCGUCGUCGGAGUUUGGAAAUUACAGACCAAAGAAAUUCGCACCAAGAUUAGAAUUAUCGACGUUGAAUAGUUUGCCAUUUUCAUCAACGAAUGUGCAUAAUUUAUUCCGCAAACCGGGGCCUUCCUACACAUUACCGAGUUUCUCUUUACCCGGAUCACGUCAUCCAGGAUUUAAUUCAUGGCGAACAGGAUUUAAGUCGCCUCACACUCCAACGAUACCAAUAUCUCUAGAAGCAUACGGGCCACCAAAUAAACCAGCAUUGCCGUCUUUUUCAAUCGGAUCUUCGUCAUUCGUACAAAACUCAAAUCAUCAUCACGGAUCAUUUGGAAAUACACAAAAUGGAUUUUUUGCUAAUGAUUUAGGUCAAUUAUCAUCUCAAUCUGGUAUACAUGCGCCGCCAACUCAACCAGAUAUUAAAUACGACGGAUGGCAACCAAUUGCCGGUAAUAUUGCGCCGCCAAAUUUCCAUGAUUCUGGUAAUAAUGCACCACCAAAUUUUCAUAAUUCCGGUAAUAUUGCGCCGCCAAAUUUCCAUGACUCCGGUAAUAUUGCGCCGCCAAAUUUCCAUGACUCUAGUAAUAUUGCACCACCAAAUUUCCAUGACUCAGGAUCAUCGCCGACAAAUAGCGGAUCUUCAAAUGUAAUCUUAAACCCAGAAUUUGUAUCGGGGCCAAGUAAUUCUUAUGGUGAACCAAUUUACGAUGCAGAAGAUCACAAUUUGAAACAAUCUGUUAGACAACGUGAUGAAUCGGCUUUACCACCACCGCCAUUACCAGAAACUGAACCUUUCCAUGUUCAAGGACAACCACAAACAAGUUUACCAAGUUUACCAUUAAAUCAUGCUCCAGAACCUGUAGGGCCUGCACCAGAACCUAUAAGACAUGCACCAGAACCUACAAGACAUGCACCAGGACCUGCCUCAGGAUCAUAUCCAUCAAUAAAUGUACAAGAACAAGUUGAUUCUUAUCUUGUACCUCCACCUUCAUCAUUUUCUUCCGACGGACCUUAUCCAUCUGCCCGAAGACCUUUUCCACCGCCAAAACCUGAAUUUGGGUUCAUAAGACCUCCUAAUUUCUCACGUGGCCCUACAAGAUCUCAAGGCCCAUCUCAACCGCCAAAACUUUUUGCCGUAAGCUUAACGCCACCCCGUGCUUGGGCGCCAGUUCAAUUCCGUCAAGCUGACACUCAGUCAAACCCAACCAAUAAUUUCGGAUCACACGGUGAAGCCUCAGAGUUUUAUAAUAAUUACAACGUGCUAUCGCAAAAUUUCCCUCAAGACAGUGUCAAUUGUAUUGAUAAUUCUCAUCAAGGCUUAUCUGAUUCAGACGUUUCUAUGAGUUACAACCAGAUCGUCGUAAGUGAGGACUCUCGUGCUAACAAAAUAACAACUGACUCCGAGUCCGGUUUGACCGGAUUAAAUGGAUCAGAAAAUAACAACUACGACGGAGGAUUAAAUGAUGAGGAUGAACGAUCGGUGAUAGCUAACAAUCAAGUUGAACCGGCCAUCGGACAGUCAUCAGCUCUCGGUGCAGGUACAAUAGAUUAUGGUCAGUUGGACAGUUUAACUUCCACUAACAUCAAUCACCAGUUUAAAUCCGAAGCUCUGGCGCAAACCCUUCCUGCGGCAAACGACGCUGAUGGUUUUCAGAUACAAGGUUCCAAAGGUGUUUACACACUUCAAAUUCAGCCCGCCGAUGGCAGUCACGGCACUGAAAAUUCCGAUGGUUCAAUCAGACACGAUCAAGUUUUAUCUGAUGGACUUUUACAAAAUAUUUUAGCGGCCAUUGAACAGCCUGGUGAUAAUAAUCAAUCAGGCGGCCAAUCAAUCUAUCAGCCACAAAUAUCUGGAAGUUUUGAUCUCAAUGAGUCGUCAUCAUCUUCCGUUUUAUCAACUGUCGCUGACCACCUCGCACAAAUUAAGUCGGCAGAUAACAAAGAUAUCGUUCCUUUGACUGAUAAAAGUGAAGCCGCGCUUUUCAGUGACUCGAAAAAUUCUUAAAAUAGAAAUAAGUAUUGAUAAUGAUAUCGAUUAAAUGAUGAUUAAGUAUUAUUCUAUAUAUUUGUAUGGAUAUAUUUUUUUGUAAUUUAUGUGUGGAAUUUGAGGAAUUUUGUUUUGAGGUUUAAAUUAUAAAGUAAAAAUAUGGUAAUUGUUAGAAUGGAGAGAACACUGGCGAUUCAGGUCAAUGGGACAUAUACUUCGCCAGUGGCAUUAUAUGUGUGGAAUGGAACUCAAGUGUCGCUGUCCCCUAUGCCAUAUUCAAGAGAUGAAGUUUAUAUGUAUGAUAGCCAAGGUGAAAGUUCAGUCAACUGGAUAAUACCACUUUCUUCUACGCACUUGAAUUGAGAAACCUUGAUAUUAAUUCUGUAGUCUGUAACUUUUCAUACCAACACAAUACUUAUGAUAUUAAUAUAUUUAAAAACCAAUUACGGUUUUUUUUAUCAUUCAUUAUUUAUUUAUUUUUUUAUUAAAUAAUUCUUAAUUAAUGUAUCAUGUAAUUUUAUUUGAAAUUUAAAUUAUUCUUUCAAUAAAAAUAUUUAACACUUUCUGUAAUAAAUUA